CGCCCGGCUCGCUGCCAGCGGCUGGCGCGGGGUGGGGUGGCCGCAGCUCGCAGGCUGUCGGGACGGAGCGGCGGGCGAUGGAGGCGCGGUGGGAGCUGCCCUGCCUCACGCUGCUGUGUCUCCUCACGCUCGCCCCAGGUCAGAGAGACUUUGACUUGGCAGACGCGCUGGACGACCCCGAACCCACCAAAAAGCCACCCUCAGCCCUCUUCCCUGAGCCGAAGCUGCCUUCUCAACCGAAGCCUGGAAAUUCCGGUGGUGGCGGAGGACACCCCAGCGAUGGGAUCGGGGGCCACCAGAAGCCCAAGCCCAGGCCGCCCGCAGCAGAAGGAGCAGGAGGAGCAGGAGGAGGAGGAGCAGGAGGAGGAGGAGGAGGAGCAGCAGGAGGAGGAGCAGGAGCUGGCAGUAGCAGCAGCGACUACAAUAGCGAAGGGGACACGAAUGGUAACAGGAUAGCCAGAAUCGUGUCCCCGAUCGUGUCCGUGGUGGUGGUGACACUCCUGGGUGCAGGCGUGAGCUUCUUCAAGUCCGGCAGGAGAGGGAACUGCUUGCGGACUAGCGAGGCUGAGAACGUCUGAGAAGGUCCAAGCCCUCCGACCCGACCGCCGAGAGCAAAACUCAACCAGGACAAAGAAGGAGUUAGCUCAUUGCGCCAUGGAAGGCUCCUCUUAGUUUUAGCACAAUCCGUUCACCCGAAAUGUGUUCUCUCUCCCCUCCCUCACCUCUCCCCCUCCCCUGCCCCUCCCCCUUCCCUUUUUCCCUCCCCCU